CAAGAUCUGUGGUUCUCUGGUCAGAGAGUUCUGGCAAUGAAGCCACUGCCGCUGGUGCAAAGGAUUCUGGGAUGUCCAACAGUGCAAUGGAUGGAAGGACCCAUAUUCCAUCUCUACUUAAUGUCCUUUUGUCCAGAAAUCGAGCCAUGCAAAUGAGCUACUUGAAAAGUAAAGAAAAAGGAUAUGGAAAACUAAGCAGUGAUGAAGACCUCGAAAUAAUUGUUGAUCAAAAGCAGGUAGUAGGUGUAACCUUGAAGAAAAAGUGGCACUGUCUUCAAAAAAGUGACCUGACCCUGGCUUUGGGAAAAGGCUCUAGGGCUGCAGAUAAGGCUGUUGCCAUGGUGAUGAAGGAGAUACCGAGGGAGGAGUCUGCUGAAGAAAAGCCCCUCCUUACUAUGACAUCACAGCUGGUGAAUGAACAGCAGGAAAGCAGACCCCUCCUGAGCCCCUCCAUCGAUGACUUUCUCUGUGAAACCAAAUCGGAGGCAAUAGCAAGACCGGUAACAUCCAACACAGCUGUAUUGACCACAGGCUUAGAUCUCCUUGACCUGAGUGAACCCGUCUCACAAACCCAAACCAAAGCCAAGAAGUUGGAGGCCCCAUCAAAAACCUCAUCGCUCAAGAAGAAGGCGGAUGGAUCUGAUCUCAUCGGUGCAGAUGCUGAGCAGAGAGGCCAGCAGCCUCUUCGAGGCCCGGAGACGUCAUCCUUGGAUUUAGACAUUCAAACACAGCUGGAAAAAUGGGAUGAUGUCAAGUUUCAUGGAGAUCGCAGUAGCAAGGGUCACCCAAUGGCAGAGAGAAAAUCAUGCUCAUCCAGAACUGGAUCAAAAGAACUCUUGUGGUCCUCAGAGCACCGAUCUCAGCCAGAACUGAGCACUGGGAAGAGCGCCCUGAACGCUGAGUCAGCGUCAGAGCUGGAGUUAGUGCCUCCGACGCAGGCUCGGCUGACCAAAGAACAGCGCUGGGGAAGUGCAUUACUCUCCAGAAACCACUCUUUAGAAGAGGAGUUUGAAAGGGCGAAAGCAGCAGUGGAGUCAGACACAGAGUUUUGGGACAAGAUGCAAGCAGAAUGGGAAGAAAUGGCCCGGAGGAACUGGAUAUCCGAGAACCAAGAAGCCCAGAACCAAGUUACAAUCUCAGCUAGCGAGAAGGGCUAUUACUUCCACACUGAAAACCCCUUCAAGGACUGGCCAGGUGCAUUUGAAGAAGGCUUGAAAAGGCUGAAGGAAGGGGACCUCCCCGUCACCAUCCUGUUCAUGGAGGCAGCUAUCCUUCAGGACCCUGGAGAUGCAGAGGCCUGGCAGUUCCUCGGGAUAACUCAAGCAGAGAAUGAAAAUGAGCAAGCAGCUAUUGUCGCCCUCCAGAGGUGCUUAGAAUUGCAGCCCAACAACUUGAAAGCUUUGAUGGCUUUGGCUGUCAGUUACACGAACACCGGCCAUCAGCAGGAUGCCUGUGAAGCUCUAAAGAAUUGGAUUAAGCAAAAUCCAAAGUACAAAUACCUUGUGAAGAGCAAGAAGGGAUCUCCAGGCCUCACCCGGAGGAUGUCUAAGUCUCCUGUUGAUAGCGCCAUUCUGGAAGGAGUGAAGGAAUUAUAUCUGGAAGCUGCCCACCAAAACGGAGAUAUGAUCGACCCAGAUCUGCAGACAGGUCUGGGAGUACUGUUCCAUCUGAGCGGAGAAUUUAAUAGAGCAAUAGAUGCAUUUAACGCUGCCUUAACUGUUCGGCCAGAGGACUAUUCUUUGUGGAACCGCCUGGGGGCGACCUUGGCGAAUGGAGACCGCAGCGAGGAGGCGGUGGAGGCCUACACGCGAGCGCUCGAGAUCCAGCCAGGCUUCAUCCGGUCCAGAUACAACCUGGGGAUAAGCUGCAUCAACCUGGGCGCCUACAGAGAAGCAGUCAGCAAUUUUCUCACUGCCCUGAGUCUGCAGAGAAAGAGCCGGAAUCAACAGCAAGUUCCUCAUCCUGCCAUCUCCGGGAACAUCUGGGCUGCACUCAGGAUCGCGCUUUCUCUGAUGGACCAACCGGAACUCUUCCAGGCGGCUAAUCUCGGUGACCUGGAUGUCCUCCUAAGAGCUUUCAAUUUGGAUCCUUGAAGGAAAAGAAAAAAUAAGAAUCCCUCACCUGUAUAUGUGUACUGAGAAAUGCAAACCUAUUUUAUUAUGAAUUCCAAAAAGGUGAAACCAGAUGUCCAAAAGACUGUGGUGAUAAAAUCCAAGGGAAUUCCUACAGACAAGGCCCCGUCUCUGUUCAGGUCCAAAAGCACAAAAUGUUAUGUAGAGAGGCAAGGCCGGGCUCGAAAGAAGAAUCGAGAGGCUCAAGACAAACCGAGAUAAAGUGACUAUGUGAAUACUCUUUUCACAAGCUGCAAGCCUAUCGCAAAACAUCUUUGGGUUUUGUCCCCACUUGUGGCUGAUGACACAUCUAAGGAGCCUCCUCGUGGGACACCUGGAGAAGGCACUGCCUUGGAUCAGGGACUUCUGACUCUUUCUGAACUGUCCCCUGAAACUCCCCCUUGUAGAAGAUUGAACAUAGUUUGGGCCAAGGUGCAUGCACAGAUAUUAACUCGCCUAACGAGAGGCACUGCUUAAACCUGUUCCAAUUUUAACUUUUACUGUAGCUUUUUGAUUCCAGAGAAGGAGCUUUGCUGGCAAAAGCCGUUUUUGCACUAGAAAUUUUUGCUGUUCCCAAUCAAAACUUUUCUGGGACUGUAUAUAUGCACUUUAAUAUCUUAUUUAUGCCUUGCUGGAGUUUUGUUUUGUUGCUCCAAUUUUUAACUUGGGGGUAAAAGAUUUGAGAACUUAGCCUUGUUAGAUCAAUGGACCAAAUAAAAAUUCCUGAAAAUAGUU